AUGGCGUCGGUGCCAAAUAGUUCAACGUCUAGGAUUUCUAAGAAGUCUUUGUAUAAGCCGGCACCUAAAAACGCCAAAACCAAACGUACUAACAGGAAGCCAUUAGCACAAGGUCAACUUGUGGAUCUAAAUAAUCCUAGAUCAGCAAAAAACUAUAAGAAUGGAAUGAAGUCAUUACUUAUUGGUACUCUAGAACAUAACCAUUUAUCUGCUGAUAUUCAAAGAAGAGAAACUAUUAGUAUCCCAGGACAAGCCUCUCCUUCCUGUAAAGUAUUUGAUAAAAUUGACAGUGAGAGUCGUCGAGCCACAUUGGUUCCUUCUUUAACACCAAGGUCCAAACAAAAAUUGCCAUUAGCAGAUGGACUUUUUUCCCCUUUGAGGAAAAUAACUGAAGAUGAUGAUUUUCAGUCACCACAUCGCACAAUAAAUCUUGAUUUGUCUGAUGCUGAAUUUGAUGACAAAUUAAGUGAAACAAUUAAUGAUACUGAGAAAGAGAAUCGGAAUAAAGUUGAUGUGUUUAUGGUUGAUGUUUUGGAUGAUUCUAACCGGAAUUUCCAUAACAAGAGUUUUGAAAGUCUUGAUCUUUCUGUCUGUAAAGAGGAUUCAAUUGCAAAAGUUAUCUGCCACACACCACGUUCUGUAAAGAAGAAAUUGCUUCAAAGUCCAGUUAGUGAUUGUAAGAAAAACCCCUGUAAAAUUGUUCCUACUACAGAAAAAGAAUCCAGUUUUUUCUUCAAUAAAGAUACAAAUACAACCUUGCUAAAUGAUAUGAAUGCUACACAAGUCCCUAAUGAUUCAAGUGAAAGUGAGGAAGAUUUAAAUAGUAAAAAACUUUUGCUCUUAGAAAAAUCAACUUCAAAAGUGAAAAAAGGCAGAAUUGUUCCAUCUCGUUACAUGCAGUCUGCUAGAAAUUUUGUUGCUGCUAAAACUCCUGUAAAAAAGAGUGUUAACAAAAGCCUCAAUGUUACAUUGAACAGAGGCAACUCCAAAAACCUCUCUGUUGUUUACAGUGGUUCUAAAAAUUCAUCAGAUGAGCCCGACGACAGACUUGCCACUUGUCACCCAAAAUCUAAAUCUGAUGAUGGAACCAAUAAUGCUCAAACAUCGACUCCAAAUAAAGAUGACCUGCCAAUGCCUUAUUCUGAUGCUUCUACAAUCAUGCAAGAUAUUUCAACAAUUUCAGAAGCAGAUAGAACUAUUAGAAGAGACUUAUUUCAUCUUGAUGCCAAAAACCAGGCUGCAAUUCCACUCUUUCCAACAAUGGAACAAGAAAAGAAGAGUAAGCCUACAGUUGACCAAAUGGAUCUUGAAAUUUUGUACAGUCAGUAUAUUCGCAGCCUUUACCUGAAUACAAUGUUUCAACAUUCUUUUCAAAAGAGGGAAGAGGAAGCCAUGAUUCAGAUGCAUGGUUUAUGGAGUGAAAUGGAAAAGAUAAUGAAAAAGAAAUCUAAUCUGGAGUUGAAACUAGUUGAGGAAGAACACAACAAAGUUGUCAGUCAGAAUGCACAACGUCAGAGCAAUGCCCUGAACUUGGUGGAUUUUUCUUUGCCUGAUCUGAUUCCUAACCAUCAACAUCUAGCAGCAGCACUGGAUACCACAAGGCACCAGAUUGCUUCUCAUGGUAUUCAUCUGCCAAAGGAUGAAGAAGCUUUUACAGAUGACUUGAUAGAAUCAUUGCAGGAAACGGAACAACUUUUGAAAAAAAUUAAUGACUUGACUGGAGAGAAUGUGAACUCCUUAUCAUCGUAUAGUUCUGUUUUAAAGGAACUAACCGAUACUGCUUGUCAAGAAAAUAAUGAAAUUGAAAAGUUGGAUGAAAUUUUGGCUGCUACAGAAUCUUUAACUGUUCAUCAGGCUUCUUUGAAUAUACAAGAAAUUCAAGAUUUGUGUACCAUGAAGUUUCAGUUGAAUAUUUAA